AUGGCUGUUCACACUGGCUUAACACUUUUAUUCCUUAUUUUCCAUAUAAUCAAUGGAACAUUUGGUUUAUUUAUUAAUCAAACAAAUAGUACAACAAUUCUACCACCAAAACAGAAUUCAACAAUAUUAGUGAAAAAACUUGCAAAAUAUACACUUCAAGAAAAAUUAUCUAACAUGCAAUAUAUGUCUGAAGUUGGAUCACAUUGCACUGAUGAUGGAUUUUUUCCUGAUAAAGAUGAUUGUCGAAAAUUUCAUGUUUGUUAUAGUGGUACACAAUCAGUUCGUUGGUGUAAAGAAGGAAUGUUAUGGGAUGAAAUAAAGAUUGGUUGUGGUAUGCAAAAUAUUACAAAAUGUACUGGUGAUCGAAAAAAAUGGAUUCGAGAUGAAGAUUUAAUAAUAACAACGACAACAACAACAUCAACAACAACAACAACAGCAACAAUGAUGUCGAAAACAUUAAAAGGAAAUUAUACAUGUCGACCAGGUGCUAAUGGAUUAUUUGCUGAUCCAAGUUCAUGUAUAAUUUAUCAUUGGUGUGUUCUUGGCGUACUUCAUUCAACACAUUUUUGCAAUCCUGGUUUACAUUUUUCAGCAAGUGCUAGUGGAUGUGUUUGGCCAAAAGAUGCUGAAUGUGAAGGACAAAUUGCACCACCUUAUUCAUCAAUUGAAUGUGCAUUAGGUAGUUCAGGUUAUUUUCCUGAUCCUUAUGAUUGUUCAGCAUUUCAUUAUUGUGAUGGAAUUCGAAUUCGUAGUGAAUCAUUACUUUGUUCAGCUGGUCGUGUUUGGAGUUCAAGAUUAGAAAAUUGUGCUUGGCCUCAUGAAGUACCUGAAUGUCAAAAUUCAUGUCCUGCAAAUUAUUCAAGUCAAAUGCGUUUUGCUGAUCCAAUGAUAUGUUCUCAAUAUGUUCAAUGUGUUGAUGGACAUUUAGAACAACGAACAUGUCCAUAUACUUUUCUUUUUGAUCGUAUUACAAAAACAUGUGUACCAUAUGAACAAGCAGAAUGUCAUGGUAAUAAACCAGAAUUAUUAUUACCACCACCACCACCACCACCAACAACAACAACAACAAUGUCUCCAUAUGCAUCGUCAGAUACAUUUGAUGUUAAUUCAAUAUUUUCAGAAGAAGUCAUUAAAAAACAACGAAUAAAUCAAUUUAGUUGUAUUGUUGAUGGUUAUUUUGGUGAUACACAAGAUUGUCGUAUCUAUCAUGUAUGUAUUGAUGGACGAGAUUAUCGAUCGAUUUGUGCACCAGGUCUUGCUUGGGAAUCAUUAUUACGUUUAUGUAUGCCUAUUCAUGUUGUUAAUUGUCAAAAUUCAAAAUCAUUUGAUUCAUCAUCAGUACUUGAAUCAUUACGUCUUGAUAAUGAUAAACUACGACAAAUGAUGCAAUUACUUGAACAAGAAAUGGAAGCUGGUCUUUCUCCAGCUACACAUAAAAAAGCUGAUGUUAAAAUGUUUCCAACUUAUGUUCGAAAUAUAGCUAAUGGAUCAGAAACUGGUCAAGUACUUGCAUUAGAUUUAGGUGGUACAAAUUUUCGUGUUUUACUUGUUAAUUUAUUACCACAUUCUGAAGUUGAAUUAACAUCAAAAAUAUUUGUUAUACCACAAUCAAUUAUGCUUGGUGAAGGAGUUAAUUUAUUUCGUCAUCUUGCUGAUUGUCUUCUUGAUUUUAUGAAAAAAGAAAAUUUAAUUCAACCAGGUGUUCGUUAUCCAUUAGGUUUUACAUUUUCAUUUCCUUGUCAACAAGAAGGUCUUGCAUCAGCACGAUUAUCAUCAUGGACAAAAGGUUUUACAUGUUCAGGUGUUGUUAAUGAAGAUGUUGUUAAAAUGCUUCAAAAAGCAAUCGAUGAAAAAAAUAUUAGUGUACAAUGUGUUGCACUUAUUAAUGAUACUGUUGGUACAUUAAUGGCAUGUGCAUAUAAAAAUCCUACUACAGCUAUUGGUCUUAUAUUAGGUACAGGUACAAAUGCGUGUUAUACUGAAAGUUUAGAUCGUAUUGGUACAUGGAAUGGUGAUUAUAAUGAACCAAAACAAGUUAUUGUUAAUAUGGAAUGGGGUGCAUUUGGUAAUAAUGGUCGUUUAAAUUAUCUACGAACAAAAUAUGAUGAAGAAGUUGAUCUUUCAUCAGUAAAUCCUGGCAAACAAAUUUUUGAAAAAAUGAUUAGUGGAAUGUAUAUGGGUGAAAUAGUUCGUUUAAUUAUACUUGAUUUAAUGCAACAAGAUUUAUUAUUUAUUGGUCAACGUGAUCAUUAUGGAGAUUAUAAAACUCCAUUAUUUACACGUGGUGGAUUUUAUACAAAAUUUGUUAGUACUGUUGAAACAGAUGUAGGCAUUGCAUUUGCAAAUACAAGACGUGUUCUUCAAGAUGUUGGUAUAAGAAAUCCAACUUUUGAUGAUUGUGCAAUUGUACAACAUAUUUGCAAAAAUGUUUCAAAACGAGCAUCUCGACUAGCUGGAGGAGGUCUCGCUGUACUCAUCAAUCGUAUUAAUAAACCAAAUAUAACUGUUGGUGUUGAUGGUUCAGUUUAUCGUUAUCAUCCAAGAUUUAAAAGAAAUAUGGAAAAAUGUAUGAAACUUUUAGUCAAUAAAAAUAUAAAGUUUGAUCUUCAAUUGUCCAAUGAUGGUUCAGGCGUUGGUGCUGCAUUAAGCGUGGCAGCAGAAGUUUUAUCAACUCAGAAUCCAAAGGAAUCAUCUAGCAAUCAAAAACAACGUCAAUCAUAUGUGUAA